AUGUUUGUUGCGUUCCCUUACACAAAAUCACUGCAAGCAGCGAAGUCACUGUUUAGCCUGUUCCUUUAUCCCAAUAUGAUUGGACUUGAGUCGAUGGCUGACCCAUCUGACACCUGGGAGAUUACUGAAACCAUAGGGAAGGGGACGUAUGGGAAAGUUUAUAAAGUCAGCAACAAGAAAGAUGGAAGCAUGGCAGCGGUGAAGAUCUUGGACCCUAUCAGUGAUAUUGAUGAGGAGAUCGAGGCAGAGUAUAAUAUUCUGAAGUCACUUUCAAAUCACCCAAACGUUGUAAUGUUUUAUGGGAUGUAUUACAAAGCCGAUCAGUAUGUUGGUGGACAGCUCUGGCUCGUUCUGGAGCUGUGCGACGGAGGAUCCGUCACAGACCUCGUGAAAAGCAUGGUAAAGUGCGGACAACGUUUGGACGAAGCCAUUAUUUCAUAUAUCCUAUAUGGAUCAUUGCUAGGUCUCCAGCAUUUGCACAACAAUAGAAUCAUCCAUCGUGACGUGAAAGGGAACAAUAUUCUUCUGACAACAGAAGGGGGAGUCAAGCUGGUUGACUUUGGAGUGUCUGCACAGCUCACCAGUGCACGCCUGCGCAGGAACACGUCUGUGGGUACACCAUUCUGGAUGGCACCAGAGGUCAUCGCUUGUGAGCAGCAGUAUGAUUACUCCUAUGACGUCCGCUGUGAUGUUUGGUCUCUUGGGAUUACAGCCAUCGAGCUGGCAGACGGAGAUCCGCCUUUGUCCUCUAUGCACCCAGUGAAAGCGCUCUUCAAGAUCCCGAGAAACCCUCCUCCUACAUUACUUCAUCCAGAACAAUGGUCCAGAGCAUUCAGCCACUUCAUUGCACAGUGUCUGAUUAAGGAUUUUGAAAAGAGGCCAUCAGUCAUACAUCUGCUGGAGCAUCCAUUCAUCAAGCAGGCCCAUGGUAAAGAAAUGGCCUUACAGAGACAGCUGGCCGAUCUCGUCUACACUCAGCAGCAGUCUGGAUCUAUUGCUAGAACAAGGUAUGAAAGGAUGCAUACCAGGAGGCCUUGUGUGCUGCACACCAAGGAGAACACCUGUCUGGAUGAUGACCUGGUCAACCUGGAGGUUCUAGAUGAGGAAACCAUAAUUCACCAGUUACAAACCCGGUUUGCAGAUUUACAGAUAUACACCUACGUUGGCGAUAUUUUGAUCGCAUUAAAUCCUUUCCAGAACCUCAGCAUUUAUUCACCACAGUUCUCCAAGCUGUAUCAUGGAGUAAAACGUGCCUCAAACCCCCCUCAUAUAUUUGCCACUGCAGACGCAGCAUAUCAGGGAAUGGUGACUUUCAGCAAAGAUCAGUGCAUUAUCAUCAGCGGAGAGAGCGGUGCCGGGAAGACAGAAAGUGCUCAUUUGAUUGUGCAACAUUUAACCUUCCUGGGAAAGGCUAAUAAUAGGGCACUGCGAGAAAAGAUCCUACAAGUUAACCCUUUGGUUGAAGCCUUUGGAAACGCCUGCACUGUGAUCAAUGACAACUCCAGUCGGUUUGGAAAAUAUCUAGAAAUGAUGUUCACACCCACGGGGGCCGUCAUGGGUGCAAAGAUCUCGGAAUACCUGUUGGAAAAAUCCCGGGUCAUUAAACAGUCUAUGGGUGAGAAGAAUUUUCAUAUAUUUUAUUACAUAUAUGCUGGUCUCUAUCACCAUAAAAAGCUUUCAGAAUACAGUCUCCCAGAGAAAAAGCCUCCAAGAUACAUUGACAAUGAAACAGGUUCAGUCAUGCAAGAUAUUACCUCCAAGGAAUCGUACAGAAGACAAUUUGCUGCAAUUCAACAUUGUUUUAGGAUUAUAGGAUUUAGUAAUGACGAAGUCCAUUCGGUGUACAGAAUUCUGGCCGGAAUACUGAACACAGGGAACAUUGAGUUUACUGCCAUAUCUUCAAAACACCAAACUGAUAAGAGUGAAGUUCCUAAUGGAGAAGCCUUAGAAAACGCUGCUGCCCUUCUCAGUAUUGGUGCCGAAGAGCUUCAGGAGGCGCUGACCUCACACUGUGUAGUAACAAGAGGGGAGACGAUUAUCCGCACCAACACUGUGGAUAAAGCAGCUGAUGUCCGAGAUGCCAUGUCCAAGGCUUUGUAUGGGAGGCUUUUCAGCUGGAUUGUGAACCGCAUUAACACCCUUCUCCAGCCUGACAAAAAUAUAUGCAAUGCUGAGAGUGGUAUGAACGUGGGCAUUCUAGAUAUUUUUGGAUUUGAAAACUUCAAACGAAAUUCUUUCGAACAGCUUUGCAUUAACAUUGCCAAUGAGCAGAUCCAGUUUUAUUUUAAUCAGCAUAUAUUUGCUUUGGAGCAGAUGGAAUAUCAGAGUGAAGGAAUAGAUGCUGCAAUGGUGAAGUAUGAGGACAACCGGCCUCUAUUAGAUACCUUUCUUCAGAAACCCAUGGGGCUUUUGUCUCUGCUGGAUGAAGAAAGCAGAUUCCCACAAGCAACAGACCAGACUUUAGUUGAUAAAUUUGAAGACAAUCUUAGAUGCAAAUACUUUUGGAGGCCGAAAUGCGUGGAGCUUUGUUUUGGUAUUCAGCAUUAUGCUGGAAAGGUCCUCUAUGAUGCUUGUGGUUUCCUCGAGAAGAACAGAGACACACUACCCGCUGAUAUUGUUGUCCUGUUGAGAACAUCAGAAAAUAAACUUCUUCAGCAGCUGUUCUCGAGUCCGUUGACUAAAACAGGUAAUCUGGCUCAGUCAAGAGCACGAGUGACAGCGGCUUCUCGAUCGCUGCCUCCUCAACUCAAUGCAGGACGUAUUAAGAUAGAUACAAUGGAAAUGAUGAGGCAUCCGGACGAAACAACUAAUAUGAAAAGACAGACUGUGGCUUCUUAUUUUAGGUAUUCCCUUAUGGACUUGUUAUCCAAAAUGGUGGUUGGGCAGCCUCAUUUUGUCCGCUGCAUUAAGCCAAAUGAUGACCGGGAGGCAAUGAAGUUUUGCCGGGAGAGAGUACUCAUGCAACUGCGCUACACAGGGAUUCUAGAAACUGUCAAUAUCCGAAGGCAGGGAUAUUCACAUCGUAUUUUAUUUGAGGAGUUCCUCAAAAGGUAUUAUUACCUUGCAUUCAAAGCUCAUCAGAAUCCUCCACCGACGAAAGAAAGUUGUACUGCAAUUCUAGAAAAAGCUAAACUUGAAAAGUGGGUUCUUGGAAGAACGAAGGUUUUCCUGAAAUACUACCACGUGGAACAGCUAAACCUCUUACUGCGGGAAGUCAUCGGACGGGUAGUGGUGAUGCAGGCCUAUACCAAAGGAUGGCUCGGUGCAAGGAGAUACAAGAAAGUUAAAGAGAAGAGAGAAAAGAGUGCGACCUGUAUUCAGGCUGCAUGGAGAGGAUAUGAUAGUCGAAAGAAAUUCCAAGAACUAAGAACCAGAAGAAAUGAAGCUGCAGUUGUUAUUCAAGCAGCUUUUAAGGGGUAUGUUGCCAGAAAGAAUUAUAUUGUCAUAAAGAACAGCAAACCAUUUCCACUCACAGAUAAAUCUCCAGAUGGGACAGCUGCCAUUUACAGCAGUGGAAAAUGGAAUGAUGGAGUGCUGACCCAGCACUGCUCACAAAUAUCUGAUGUCAAUGGACAGUUUAAAAUGAUGGUAGUAAUACUCAACUGGCAAGAGAAUUGUGACACUACUCAUUUCACAGAGCCAGACAGCCUGGACCAGCAGUUGGAGAAGGAUUACGAUGUCUUAAACAUGCAGGAUGCAGGGACCAUGCGCACAGACAGAGGUAGACAGAAUUUCAAUAUCCUUGGACCUCGCAAAAUUACAGGCUCAGAACAAUACUUUGAAAAAAAGUUGAGGACAACAAGACGUGGUCAACAGCCCAAAACAUUGAACAGCCCAGAGGACAGCCUCUACUACAACCAAAUUAAUGGAACUCUGGAAUAUCAAGGGAGCAAGCGGAAGCCGAGGAAACUUGGCCAAAUCAAAGUUUUAGAUGGAGAGGAUGAAUAUUACAGACUGUUAUCAGCUGUCGACUCGAUACCCGAGGAGGAUCUAUCAGUCUGCAGCCCUUUGACCAAGGAGCAAGAAGCAUUUUUUGCCUCUAGUUCUGUACAUUAA